GUUGUUCAAGGAAACACCUCGACGAAGGCGAUGGAUGACGGAUGAGAGAAGGAUGGCGGAUGGGAUGGCGGGAGCUCUGGGACAUGGGUGCCACACCCGCUAAUUCCUGAAUACGGGUUAGCCGGUUGCUGAUAAUAGGCAUGUGGCUGAGGUGACGACAAAAGAGCGCGUGUGGCUGGGCCAGGUUGUUCAAGACUCACGGGUCGAUAGUAGCGCGUAAAAAGGUGGUCUAGUUCUGAUAUCUCUCGAUCGCCAACCUAAUCCAUGAGCGAAUUUCACCUAGAUAGCUCGCCCCGCUCCCCGACCGCGUAUGAGUAGUCGUCUCCCAGUCUAAAAAUGGAACGAGAUGAACACUGCAGCGCUGACGUCGGGACGCGCUCGCAGAGCCCCUAAGAGGAACGAGGACCGCGUCAUCCUACACUUCGAUUAUGACUGCUUCUACGCCAGCGUCUUCGAGAACCUGAACCCCUCGCUCAAGGGGCUGCCGCUGGGCGUCAAGCAGAAGAGCAUCCUCGCAACCUGCAACUAUGCCGCCCGUGCCCGCGGUGUCAAAAAGCUGAUGCUCGUAUCCGAAGCCCAGCGCACGUGCCCCGACCUCGUACUUGUCUGCGGCGAGGACUUGACGCCCUUUCGAGACGCCUCAAAGACUCUGUGGUCGGUGCUGAGAGCGCACUCGUGGAGCGGCCGCGUCGAGCGCUUGGGGCUCGAUGAGGUCUUCCUCGAUGUCACGGAUGUCGUAGUGUACAACCAAGAGCUUCUCAACCGCAACGCCCUGCGCGACUCGUUCUUUCAGCUCUCGGUAUUAGACCCCGAGAAGGGGUUCAGUUUCGAUGCUACCCGGUUCUGCGGAUGCGUGUACCCACCGGCGUAUCUGGAACACGACUUGCUAACCCUUCUAGACAAUCCACUGUGCGUCCGCUUGAUGCUCGCCUCGCAUCUAGCGGGCUACUUACGCCACAAGCUGGAGGAGCUUGACUAUACGUCUAGCGGGGGCAUCUCGACAAACAAAGUCCUAGCCAAGCUAGUUGGCAGCGUCAAUAAGCCAAGAAACCAAACAACGCUCCUCGGCCUCCAGGAUGACGAUGUGCAGGGGUUUGUGGAUGCCCACAAGCUACGGCAGAUCCCCGGCAUAGGGUCCCGAACCGCUCAACUAGUCCAAGACUACGUUCUCUCGACGAGCACAGCAGCCUCCGCUACCAUCGCAGACGACGACCUAGUAGGCCAAGCUCACAGCACAACGGACUUGACAGUGCACCAAGUCCGCCAGCACCCAUCCCUAUCCGCAGAACUCCUAUCUCGGAUCUUCGACCACGCUAGCCUCGAGCGCGGUAGCGGUGACAAGGUCUGGGACCUUCUGCACGGCAUCGACCCCUCCGCUGUCAAGGCCGCGAGCGGCAUCCCGGCCCAGAUCAGCGUCGAGGACACGUAUAUGGCGCGCCCUCUCAACACUCCUACCGAGAUUGUCCGCGAGCUGCGCGCCCUCGCCACCUCUCUCGUGAGGCGCAUGCACGCGGACCUCGUCGUAGCAGACAGCCGCGAAGAGGUAGACCUCGCCCCCCCGGCCGCGGGAGAAUCUAGUCUAGAGACUCGGCGGCGGCGCUGGACCGCACACCCCAAGACGCUGCGCCUAUCCACGCGCGUACGGCCGCCGAAACUCUCCGGCCCUCCCACCGCGGCGGAAUCUUUCGCUCGGAGCUCCCGGAGCCAGCCGCUCCCCACCUUCGUCCUGAAUCUACGCGACGUCGUCGAGAGUGUUGGCGAGCGGCUCGCCGCCGAUGCGCUGCUCCCGCUGUUCCGGCGGCUGCACCCGGAGCGCCGCGGGGGCUGGAAUCUAGCCCUUAUCAACGUCUGUGUGACUAACAUGGUUGUCGUGGCGGGGGGCAUCGAGGAGUCGGGGAGUCGCAGGACAGGGGCGGGAGAAGGGGCGGGAGGUCAGGACAUCGCGCGCAUGUUCCGGACACAGGAGGAUAAGCUACGCGAGUGGACCGUGUACGACACCGCGCCCUUGUCUGACGACCCCACCCACGAUACUACCGGUGCUGCAAAACCAACCGAGGUAAGAUGUGAGGAAGAGGUAGAGGGGCGCGGGUGCGGAGAUUUAAUGGAAGGGCCGACAACGGCAGCAUCAUCGCCAGAACCGGAUGCAUGCCCCUAUGCGGACGUUUGGGAGGACGAAGGUGCAUCCCAGAGGUGUCGUCUCUGCGGGCAUGCGAUCCCCGUCUUCGCAAUACCAGCGCACGAGAGGUUUCAUGCUAUCGGCGAUUAAUAAAUGCCUGCAUCCUGUUUCUCGUCACUAGAGUACCGCCCUCCUUCUUCCCCUCCUCCGCCCUCCUGCCCCCUGUCCGGCCAACGAGAUAUUACAAUGCACCACACGUCGACGUCUUGAAUAAGCCGCCUCACGAUGCGGCUUACGACACACGCCCGUGGCUCACUGUACUAAAUAGGUACUAGAAAUUGUUGUUGACGUCGACGCUCAUGCGUAUCGGUCGAUUGUUUAUUCAUGUCCAUCUUGCUCUUC